AUGCCGCUCCGCAACAACGCAGCCCUCGACGAUCCGAACAAAGUCGUCAAAGUAGUCGCCUGCGAUGGCAAGACAGGGGAACAGAAGGACAUCCAGUACACAAAUUGCAAGAUUAUCGGCAAUGGUUCUUUUGGCGUUGUUUUCCAGGCUCGUCUUAUUGGUGCUUCGCAGUCUGACGAAGACAUUGCUAUCAAGAAAGUUUUACAAGACAAACGUUUCAAGAAUCGAGAGCUGCAGAUAAUGCGAUUAGUGUCGCAUCCAAACGUGGUAGAUCUCAAGGCGUUUUUCUACUCCAAUGGCGACAAGAAAGAUGAGGUGUAUCUUAAUCUCGUCCUUGAAUACGUCCCAGAAACAGUCUACCGCGCCUCGCGCCACUACGUCAAACUGAAGCAGCCAAUGCCCACAUUGCAAAUCAAGCUCUACAUGUACCAACUUCUGCGAUCCCUGGCAUACAUCCACUCUGUCGGCAUCUGCCAUCGCGAUAUCAAGCCCCAGAACUUGCUCCUCAACCCUGCAACUGGUGUCCUUAAACUAUGCGACUUUGGCUCUGCAAAAAUCCUUGUUGCUGGCGAGCCAAAUGUGAGCUACAUCUGCUCGCGGUACUACCGGGCACCGGAGCUUAUUUUUGGUGCCACCAAUUACUCGACCAACAUUGAUAUCUGGUCGACGGGCUGUGUCAUGGCUGAGCUGAUGCUCGGGCAACCUCUUUUCCCAGGGGAGAGUGGGAUCGAUCAGCUCGUGGAAAUCAUUAAAGUGCUCGGUACCCCUACACGUGAACAGAUCAAGACAAUGAAUCCGAACUACAUGGAACACAAGUUCCCUCAAAUCAAGCCUCAUCCGUUCUCCAAGGUCUUUAGGCCGCGAACCCCUGUCGAGGCUAUUGACCUCGUUUCGCGCCUCUUGGAGUACACCCCGUCUGCUCGAUUAAGCGCAAUCGAAGCAAUGUGCCAUCCCUUCUUUGACGAUCUUCGACAAGAAGCGACAAAAAUGCCGAACGGAAAAGACUUACCUUUACUCUUCAAUUUCACGCGUGAAGAGCUCUCCAUUCGACCGGACCUAAACCGCCAGCUCGUUCCACCAUUCUGUGAACCCGAGCUAGCGUCAAGGGGCAUUGAUUUGAAUAAUUUUAAGCCGAUACCUCUGGAAGAGCUUCGAAUCUCGCUUGACUGA